AUGACGUUUAAGCCGACAGUUCCAAAAGGGCCGAUCGCUGCUAUGUACAGCAGUCCAGGGCCGUGUUACCAGCUACCUACUCUGGUCGGCCAACAAGGCCAUGAUUCGAGGAGUACUCACCAGAAAGCUCCUAGUUAUCAGUUUGGCAUACGACAUGGUUCAAGGAUUGAUAAUUGCAGCCCGGGACCCAAGUACAACUUCACUGAGUUUCAAGUUUACCGUGAUGGUAAAGAUGGCACCCCGCAUUACUCCUUGUACAGCCGUCCGAGGGACUCGACUACUUUUAAGACGCCUGGCCCGGGGACCUACUCCCCAGAAAACACAACGGGGGCUUAUUUUGCAGCCGCUCCAAUGCAUAGCUUCGGACAGAGACAUAAACAUCGAACAACUGAUUUAACUCCAGCUCCAAACAGCUACAGCCUUCCAGGAUUACUCGGGAAAACUAUACAGGGUGGCAAGCUCCAAGCUCCAUCGUACACAGUUCUUGGGCGGAAGACUAUCGGAAGUUUCCAUGAAGAUUUGGCAAAGGUAAGCAAAGGUGUACUUAUUAUCUUUUUCUUUCUUUCUUUCUUUCUUCCUUUCUUUCUUUCUUUCUUUCUUUCUUUCUUUCUUUCUUUCUUAUUCCUGUCCUUUAUAAGAUUAAUUUCAUAUUCAACUACUGUUUCACUAUCGUGUCUACUCGUAUCUAUCUAUCUAUCUAUCUAUCUAUCUAUCUAUCUAUCUAUCUAUGUAUUUGGCACGUCGUGCGCAACAUUAUGUAAUCUAUCUAUCUAUCUAUCUAUCUAUCUAUCUAUCUAUCUAUCUAUCUAUCUAUCUGUAAGGCUGUUCAUUAUCUAUCUAUCUAUCUAUCUAUCUAUCUAUCUAUCUAUCUAUCUAUCUAUCUCAGUCUGUUCAAUUUGUUUAUAUCAUUCUGUUCAUAUCAUCUAUCUAUCUAUCUAUCUAUCUAUCUAUCUAUCUAUCUAUCUAUCUCAGUCUGUUCAUAUUUGUUUAUAUCAUUCUGUUCAUAUCUAUCUAUCUAUCUAUCUAUCUAUCUAUCUAAAAUGGAACAAGACAAGAUAUCGCUAG